AGGACAAAUACCCAAUGGGGACUUCCUGCAUCAGGCUAGGGGCUAGAUUCCUAGAUGGCCUACAACACACACACACAACUCUAAGCUUUUAGUCCUUUUCACUAGCAACCAGAAUAGCCUUUUUAAAAGCUUUAUAGCAGCCGCAGAGUAAUAAAUGGGUGCCAACUAAGGCGCCAGUCCUGACUGUCAAAGUGACUUGGGGCAACUCCCUUUGUGCUCAUUGGUUUAUUUCCAAGUAAAGGUGAAUAAAAGUGGGUGGCAGUCAGUGAUGCAACUUCAGGGAUGCUUAAUAAUGGUACCAAAAAAAGCAUUUUGGGGCUUUAUGCCUGGCUUGGUGUUUUGCCCUUCACAAUGGAAGCUGUGCAGUGAGCAGAAUUAAACAAUGCCAACCCCUGGAUUGCUCACCAACCAUCUAAGCAGGCUAGCAGGGUAAUUAGAUGACAUCCACUCAGCCCAAGGGUCAGGAAAGGACUUGAAAGGAUUCCAUUAUUCAGUCCCUAAAGCAGUCCAGUUCUGAGCUAAGAAUACUUGCAGAGUUUGGUCUUGAGUUGUGGCCUAGAAACUUGAAGUUAUUUGGGUAGUCAGCCUUGACUUAGUUCUUACUGUGUUUGGAGAAACUGUGCUUGAAUUCUGAAGGAACCUGAUGCUGUGGAAAAACUCCAUACCGCCUUGUCCGUCUCCAGGUGGGACUAAUACGAAUAGACAGAGACCACUUCCAUAAAGCAAAAGCACCCAGGAGGUUGAUACUUAUUUCACUGCUGCAUUAGGAUCCCCUGGUCUUUCCAAGGUAUGGUGCAGGUCAUGAGAUGCAAAUGGCACAGUACCAAAAUCUUUUAUACCCUUUCUGAGCACUCUGAGACAAAGAAUUUUAAAUUGAUUGGUUACAUUUCACAGAAGUAUGAGCUUGUUCAGUUCAUAUGCUCUUAUUGGUGAUUACCGUACAUUCCUAACAUAGCAUUUUAGUAGACACUGCCCCAUUUCCUUGACAUGCCCCUUUUCUUAUCUGUCUUACUCAUUAGAUUUUCUAUCAAACCGUUCCCAACGGGUCAAGAUGGGUUCCUACAUCUCUGCCGAUCUCAGCAUGAAUACGGGGAUGCCGCAGGGGUGCGUGUUGAGUCCACUUUUAUAUACGCUCUAUACAGCUGACUGUGCCCCCAAAUACCCCAGUAAUAAGAUCAUUAAGUUUGCAGAUGAUACAAUGGUGGUUGGUUUAAUCAUGGCUGGAGAGGGGGAGGCAGCCUAUAGGAAGGAAGUUGAGCAGUUGGGGGAGUGGUGCAGGAAAAACAACUUACUCCUUAACUGAAAGAAAACAAAAGAGAUUAUUGUGGACUUUAGGAAAUGUAAAUGGAAUAUUCAGCCACUUAUUAUUGAGGGGAAGUGCAUGGAACAGGUCUUGGUGUUUCGAUUUCUGGGAAUGGAGUUGAGAGAUGACCUAACCUGGGGCGAAAACAGCAAAGACCUGAUGAAGAGAGCACAGCAGAGGUUAUAUUUUCUGAGAAACCUCUGGAAAAACAAUCUCUCAAAGGACCUGUUGAUGGCAUUUUACCAUUGUACUGUUGAGAGUGUAUUAACUUAUGGUCUGUGUGUGUGGUUUGGGAGCUGCACGGUCAGAGAAAAAACAAUGCUGUCCAGGGUUGUAAAGACUGCGGAGAGAAUAAAUUGGGUGCACUCUUCCCACAUUGGAUCAAAUCUAUGCUUCCAGGUGCCAUUAGAAAGCUGCAGAGAUAGCGCAGGAUAGUGCACGUCCUGGAAAUGAUCUCUUUCAGCUUCUGCCUUCUGGAAGAAGGUACAGGGUUAUAAAGACUAGGACUAGCUGCCUGAGAAAUAGUUUCUAUCCAAAUGCGAUUUUGAUUUUAAACGCUGUGUAAGGAGUCUCUGUGGAAGUAUAUUGUAUUUUUAAAUGGGGUAUCGGAGUUUUCAGGGGGCUAACGGGGUUGGGAUGGCUGGGGUAGCAGGCUUGUUGGUUUUUUAAUGUCUUAUGUAGAUUUUUUUCAAUUUCGUUGUUCUGUAUGGGACAAUGACAAUAAAGAGUAUUGUAUUGUAUUGUAUUGUAUUGCAUCAUAUCGCAUCGUAUCAUCUGUCUUACAAAUCUCAGGUCACAUAAAUAUUGGACUUUGCACACACCAGGCUGGGCCUUGCUCAGGUUAACUUCGAAGCUUCUUCACAAUGCCUACCAGUUAUAUUUAAUUGGAAAGCAUCUUUCAUGAGUCACUGAGGAAGAUGCUUCCUGAGAAUUUUCUUGUAAGGCAGUUCAAAUGUACACACUGCUGUGUUAAAAUGUUGUGCAUUCUUUUGAGUCAUCCUAGAACACAGGUGCUAUAUAAGAAUUCUGAAGCCUGCAAACCAACAGCCAUGGAUAAAUUUCAUGUCCAGAGUGUUCUAGUGACAGGAUCUAAUCAGGGGAUUGGCCUGGGACUUGUCAGCCAGUUCCUGAUGAAGCCAAACCCGCCAGAGUGGGUGUUUGCCACCAGUCUGGAUCCUGAAGGACCUAAUGGGAAGAAGUUGAAAAAGCUGGCUCUGCAACAUCCAAACCUGGUGGUGCUACAGUUAGAUAUCCGAGAUCUGAAGAGCAUUGAGGCUGCUGUGCAGAGAGUCGAGGAGCACGUCAAAGAAAAUGGCCUGACAUUGCUAAUUAACAAUGCUGCCAUUUUGGUCAAGUUUACCCACUUGGCUAAUGAAACAGCCAAGAACAUGUCCGACCUGUACAACACAAACACUGUGGGAACCUUGCAAGUCAGUCAGGCCUUCUUGCCCUUGCUGAAGGUUGCUGCCCAAAGAAGCCUCCAAGAAGGGCUGAGCUGCAGCAAGGCAAGCAUUGUCAACAUAGCCAGUGACUUUGGCUCUCUGGAGAAAAUGGCUGGAUGGGGCCUCUCUCAAGUCAUCUCCUACCGCUGCAGCAAGGCUGCUGUGAACAUGCUGACCAGGUGCCAGUCCUUGGAGUAUGGUCCGUUGGGGAUCCUUUGCAUCUCCAUCCACCCUGGCUGGGUGAAAACUUCCAUGGGGACAUGUCUGGUCCCAACUACAGUGAGUGAGAGUUGCAGUAGGAUCUUGAAAGUGCUUUCUGCUGUCACUGACAAAGACUCAGGGUCUUUCAUUGACUGGAAAGGGCGUGUUGUUCCUUGGUGAGAAAACGAGUCACAAAUCAUGGGCCUCCAUCCAUCCGCUCCAUGAAGUCUGUGAUGGCAAUAAAACACAGAUAAAGCUAUGUGAACUUCCUGAGUUGCCCGCUUCCAUUUCUUUCUCGCUUGCUUGCUUGUUUCUGUUAUAUCUAGAAAUGCCUGUUGAUGCCAACUGAUAGAUCCCAUUUCAAGUUUGCAAGUUGUUUUGGUUUUCAGUUUGGUGGAGGGAAAGAACCGACUUGGCAACAUAGCCCCACCUCCACUUGCUCCUUCUUCAAAGGAGAAGACCUUGUUGUCCCGCAGAGGAGGUGCAGGGUUCCCUUUCUCUUCAUCCAGCUGCUCUUGGUGGCUGCAGAUUUUCUACCCAACAAGUGUAGCAACUGCACACUCAUCCUGAAUAGGCUGUCCGGGGCAAGCCGUCCUUUGGGGGCACAGCUGUUUUAGCCUCUGGGUUGAAGUUCAGCCUUGCUCAGAAAUCUCCCCUGCAUUGAAGUAAUGGCAUUCACACCUAUUUUAAGAAUACAGAAACUGUCUAUAAUGAAUAACACCAAUCCACAAAUGCCAAGCCAUUUAUUCAGUGGAUGGCGGAAGCUCAUUCAGAAACCUUCAAGCAGUGUUUUCCAUAUACAUUACAUAAUGCCUUAUGUGAUUUACACAGUAUAUAGAGAGAGACAAAAACUGAUAAAACAAUAAGGUUUAUUAUUCAGACAAAGGGUAAGGGAAUGAGUUAAGUCUAUAUGCUGUUAAGCCAAAACCCCAAGCCCUAGAUUCCCUUUGUUGCUCUUUCAAUACUUCCUCUUCACAUUCCUAAGGGUGUGUCCCCCACAUAUAAAUGUUAAAUACAGUGGUACCUUGGGUUAAGAACUUAAUUCGUUCUGGAGGUCCAUUCUUAACUUGAAACUGUUCUUAACCUGAGGUACUACUUAGCUAAUGGGGCCUCCUGCUGCCGCCGUGCGAUUUCUGUUCUCAUCCUGAAGCAAAAGUUCUUAACCCGAAGUACUAUUUCUGGGUUAGCGGAGUCUGUAACCUGAAGUG